AUGUACUCAUUCCACCUCCAAAAAAUUUCUUCUAGUGAAAACUCAUCACUUUCAUCGGAUUCAAGUUCUGAUGAUUCAAAUAUCAUAGCACUCAAUCAAUGGGAAGAACGAGUUUCUCAACAAAAUCAUCAAAUCUAUACAAUUGUUGAGAACAUGUUAUCCACCAAUCACAAUCUAAUUGUAGGGGCUCAAGCUUCUACAGUUAGAAAAAGGUAUUGUGAAAGGCAAUGCGAGAUUGGUGUUGAGCGUUUGAUUAAUGACUACUUUAGUCCCAACCCGACAUAUGGGCCAGAGGUCUUCCGACGCCGAUUUCGCAUGCACAAAUCUGUAUUCCUUCGGAUUGUAGAAGUUGUUACUGCUAAUGAUGAGUAUUUUCAAGAGAGACGCGAUGCUACAGGGAGACAAAGUUUGUCAUCGAUACAGAAAUGUAUCGGAGCUAUGCUGGUGUUGGCGUAUGGGACAUCAUCCGAUGUCGUUGAUGAAUAUUUGCGGAUGAGUUCAACGGUGACGAGAGAUUCUCUAAUACAUUUCGUUGAAGGUUUUAUUUCAUGUUUUGGUGCCACAUAUCUUAGAAGACCUACUGAACAAGAUCUCGCUAGACUUCUAUAUGUAGCAGAAGCAUAUCAACGUGGUUUUCCAGGCAUGAUUGGGAGUAUAGACUGCAUGCAUUGGGAAUGGAAGAAUUAUCCCAACGCAUGGGCUGGACAAUAUACAGGGAGAAGUGGCAAACCAACGAUCAUUUUGGAAGUUGUUGCAUCAUACGACUUACGGAUAUGGCAUGCAUUCUUUGGAACUCCAGGUUCGUGCAAUGAUAUUAAUUUACUCCAUAGGUCUCCUGUUUUUGAUGAUGUCUUAGAAGGUCGAGCAUCAUAUGUUAAUUAUGUAGUAAAUGGUCAUUAG